UUCAUUAAUUGCAUUAUGAUGAAGGAGAGCGUUGUACGGUUGGCAGGGGUGCACCCGGUAACCUGUCCAUCGACCGUGGAGAUCAGCGGCAGUAGCGCCUCAGAGAGCAUAGAGUGCGCUACGCUGCUGACUUGUGCUCCUCCUCCCUCGUGGCCGGUGCCAUCCGUCCAUUUUUUCUGGUUGCAUUUAAGUAUUCCGGGAGUGCAGAACACGAUGGCUUCAGCGUCCGGGCAGAUCCUCACUUGGUUAUCGACGCAGAUGAUGAGGCAAUCAUGGGGCGGUCGUGCGACAGUGAGGACCUAUUACACUUACUCCCAUGAGCCGUUUCACCCCUUAAAACGGGCUCCAGCUUGGAAGACCGCUGAGGAAGCCGUGUCGGUCGUUAAAUCAGGUGAUGUAGUAUUCGUGCACGGAGCAGCGGCCACGCCCCUCAAGCUGGUGGAGGCGCUGACCCAGCAUGGCAAGACUCAGCAACUCAGAGACGUCAGCAUCUGCCAUAUCCACACUGAGGGCCCGGCGCUCUACGCCCGCCAAGACUGUCAAGGAAUCUUUCGGAGUAACUCAUUCUUCAUUGGCUCUAACUGUCGGGAAGCUGUGAAUGAUGGCAGAGGAGACUUUGUGCCCAUAUUCCUCUCGGAGAUCCCACUGCUAUUCCAUCGAAACAUUAUUAACAUUGAUGUUGCACUAGUGCAGGUUUCGCCCCCAGACAAACAUGGCUUCUGCUCCUUAGGCACUAGUGUUGACUGUGCACGUGCAGCUGUGCAGAACGCUAAACACAUCAUUGGUCAAAUGAACCCCUGCAUGCCUCGCACAUUUGGGGAUGGUUUGAUUCACAAGAGCCAUUUUGAUGCCAUGGUCGAUGGCAUUGAAAGUUUACCCGAGCAUGAGCCCAAAGAAAGAUCUGAUGUCGAGAAUGAGAUAGGUCGACUCAUAGCUGAAGAGCUGGUAGAGAAUGGAGCCACCUUACAAAUGGGAAUAGGCAACAUUCCUGAUGCAGUAUUAGCAUCCCUGAAGGGUCAUAAGGACCUUGGGAUCCACUCAGAGAUGUUUAGUGAUGGUGUGGUUGAAUUGGUUGAGGAUGGCUGCAUUACCAACACACACAAGACUUAUCAUCCGGGAAAGAUUGUCGGCAGUUUCAUAGUGGGGACUCGCAGGUUAUUUGACUUCGUCGAUAACAACCCAUUCGUCGUAAUGUGUGACGUGUCUUUUGUUAACAACAUUCCCAUCAUUGCCCAAAAUCCAAAAGUGACAGCAAUCAACUCUUGCAUCGAGGUGGACCUGACUGGGCAAGUAGUGUCCGACUCCAUUGGCACGAGGAUGUACUCAGGUGUUGGUGGACAAGUUGACUUUAUCAGAGGAGCAGCAGUGAGCAGAGAUGGUCUUGGGAAGCCUAUUCUGGCCAUGUCCUCUGUGACCACGAAGGGAGAGUCAAAGAUAGUUCCAUUCCUAAGGCAAGGUGCUGGAGUGGUGACCACACGAGCCCACAUACACUACCUGGUGACCGAGUAUGGCAUUGCUUACCUAUUUGGAAAGAAUCUGCGUCAGAGGGCAUACGAGCUCAUCAAAAUAUCUCACCCUGACCACCGAGAGGCCCUGGAGAAGGCAGCGUUUGAGCGCCUCAAUUGCAUGCCAUCACCACACUUGUGCUGUAAUUAACUCAUUCAGGGAUAAUGGUUGUGUGAGAACUACUGAUGGAUUUUAUACAACAUGUAACAUGGGAACAAUGCAUUUUUUCAGAUGCCAAAGAGACAUUUUAAAGAGAAAUUUGAAUUUUAGUUUUAUACAAACUGUAGUUUAAAUAUUAUAGUUAAGAGAAGCAUAAAUCAGAAAGUCAAAUAAGAAUCCAUAGCUAUAGAUUUAUAUUGCCUAUUCUUUUAUAUUAGCCUUAGCAGUUGUUUGGCCAAAUUAUUUUCAGCAUAAUUUUUUAAGAUGUGCCAAUUAAGUCAGGAAAAUAUCAAGAGCCGAUUUUUAAUUUUUAAUAUUUUUUUAUGAAUUAGCAAGUUCUGAAAUGGAGUAACAGAUUAAUAUUUGUAAUAAAGAGUGUGAAGCCUA